CUGGGCUUCAACAUCCGCGGAGGAAAAGCAUCACAGCUGGGAAUCUUCAUCUCUAAGGUGAUCCCUGACUCGGAUGCACACAGAGCUGGGCUGCAGGAAGGGGACCAGGUGCUCUCGGUGAAUGAUGUGGAUUUCCAGGACAUUGAGCACAGCAAGGCUGUGGAGAUCCUGAAGACAGCCAGGGAAAUCACCAUGCGUGUGCGUUACUUCCCUUACAAUUACCAGAGACAGAAGGAAAGAACUGUUCACUAG